AUGAGGAUAUUUGAGAAGCAAUACAAGGAUCCAAAGAAGCUCAUCAGGGAAACUGCUCAUGAGGAAGAUUAUGCAUCUGCUAUUGUUCAGCCUCGAGUUGGAGCUGAUAGUGUGAAAAUUAACUCCUCUCUAUACCAGCUAUUGAAGCUUGAGGAAUACUUUCGAAACUCUACCGAGAAUGACCCUCAAUGUCAUUUGCAGAAUUUUGUGGAUGUGUGUGCUAAUCACAUCCAGAACAAUGUCCCACAAGAUGCUAUUCGGUUGAGGUUAUUCAAAUAUUCCUUAGCUGGAGAGGCACGAACAUGGUUUGAGAAGCUGCCCCAAAAUUCAAUUACUUCAUGGGCAGAGAUGGUGGCUGCUUUUCUCACAAAAUAG